UUCCCUAGUUUUUGCAUGAUUUAUUAAUUCACGCAGAAGGGAAAUAAAGCCACAGAUUGCAUUUUCAUUAUAGAAAAAGGAAACUUGGAUUAAUUUGAAAUUAUAAUUAAUAUUUCGGGGAGAAAUUAUCAUCAAUUACCAGGCGAGACUAAAAAUAUUAAGGCCCAUCGGUAAACUCAAAAGUGGAACGAUAACAUUUUGCCCCACAGGCUAUCUCUUCCUCUUCUCCCUGGUCAGAUAUUUUGACUCCCCCGGGCCUUUCUCGCCGCCGUCGCCGGCGCCUCGUCCUUCCAUGCUGUCGCCUUCACCGCCGCCAGCCAUGCUUCUUCUCCAGAAACGCAUCCUCCUUCUCUCUUCCCGCCCCCGUGCCACAACUGCCCUCCUCUCGUUCCGCCACCAAUGCCUCUCCUCCGUUACCCGAUUCGCCACCAACGCCUACGCCGCCGCCGCCGCCACCGCCGUCGCAGCGGCGGCUAACUCUGCACCCUUCGCCGUGGAGGACUAUCUCGUCUCAUCCUGCCACCUCACCCGGUCGCAGGCCAUCAAGGCCUCCAAGGUCCUCUCUCACCUCAAAUCCCCAUCCAAGCCUGAAGCCGUCCUUGGUUUCCUCUCCGACCUCGGCAUCUCCGACGCCGACGUCGCGGCCGUCGUCGCGUACGACCCUCUCUUCCUCUGCGCCGAGGUUGACAAGACCCUCAAUCUGCGCCUGGCGGAGCUCCGGGACCUCGGGCUCUCCCCGUCCCAGAUCGCCCGGCUCGUCCUCGUCGACCCCGCCCGCUUCCGCCGCCCCACCAUCAUCUCCAAGCUGAAGUACUACGUCCCCCUCUUCGGCUCAUUCGAGAACCUCCUCCAGGCGCUCAGGCCGAACUCCUACCUCCUCAGCUCCGACCUGGAGAACGUCGUGAAGCCAAACGUGGCGCUCCUGCGGGAGUGCGGGCUAGGUGACUGUGAUAUUGCCAAGCUGUGCGUCCCUGUCCCGAGGCUGCUCACCACCAACCCAGAGCGCGUCCAGGCGAUGGUGGCGCAGGCCGAAGGUGUCGGCGUGCCCCGUGGCUCCAGGAUGUUCAGGCACGCGCUGCUGGCCGUCGCGUUCCUCAGUGAGGAGAAGAUUGCUGACAAGGUGGAGUUCCUGAAGAAGACGUUCAGGUGGUCGGAAGAUGAGGUGGCCAUUGCUGUCUCCAGGCUUCCGGUGGUGCUGAGGAACUCCAACGACAAGCUGCAGCGCAUGUCGGAGUUCCUGAUGUCCGAGGUUGGGUUAGAGCCGGGGUACAUUGCUCACAGGCCGGCGAUGAUCACUUACAGCCUGGAGACCCGGCUCAGGCCCCGGUAUUAUGUUGUCAAGUAUCUCAAGGCAAAUGGAUUGCUACAGCGGAACCGGAGCUACUAUACUGCAGCCCAGGUGAGCGAGAAGGUUUUCAUGGAGAAGUUCAUACAUCCUCACAAGGAAGCUGCGCCGCUCCUCGCUCAAGACUAUGCUGCCAGUCUAAGAGGGAAAGUGCCCACUAGAUUCAGACCGGAGGAACCAAGAACAGACUCCGAAAGUACUCUCUCCAUCCCAUAAUUCUUGUCGCUGUUGUAGUAAAAAUUUGAACUAAAACAUAAAUUUGAACUAAAACAGCCACAAGAAUUAUGGUACGGAGGGAGUACAAUGUAGCUGCCUAUCGCACAACCAAGUUUUGGCUCUGCACAGUAAGCUGGCAAGUCCUGUUUCUGUGUUCUUCGUCUAACUGGAUGUCCGCUAUAUUGUGAUGUCUUACGGUUUUGUAGUCGCUAACACUUAGAUGAACCGACAAUCCUGAGUUCUGGUAUGGUUUGUUCGUCAUCCAGCAGAGCAACUGAGCAAGACACUUGCGGGUUAUUUCAUCCUCAUGUCAUGUUGUUACACAUUUUUUCUGGCUAUGGCUUGUUAAAUCCGCAGUUUGUACCGUAAGCUCAGACAACUUGUUUCGUUUCUCUCUUGUCCAAA